UCAAAUGUUUUUGAUUUUUGACAGUCACGCGCGAAACUUCAUUCAUGAACGUAAAGAAGUAUAUUUUUGAUUAUCUUUAAUUUGUACAAAAUUGUGACAAAAUAAUAAUAACGAAUGCUAGUUCUCCACCUACAAAUCUUUUAAUAUCAAGAUCCUUAUCAGAUAUAAAUAUAACCUGCUCAAGAUGCCUUUAGUGACUAAAAUUCGUCUAUUUCGUAGUAAUUAUACAAUUUGUUACAUGUCUGAGGAAUUUUUCGUAUUUCCGGACAAGAAGUAUUACGAUAAUAUUGGUGUAAAACCCGGGGAUGCUUGGGAAAUCGACAUAGAACGAUGUGAUGGUGACCGUGAAUCAAAGACCGUGAAAUUUUUUGCAAAUGCAUUAUUUCUGCAGCCUUUUGUGAGAGAAUGUUUGAUUUCUGAUGUUUAUAGGACUAAUGUGGUUAAUCAUUGGAACAAGCGUUGUGGGAACCCAGAGAAUGGAACUGUUGUUUUAAAAUUAAUUCUGAAACCACCAGAUUCAGAAGUUAUAGAUUAUGCAUGGAAUGAAAAAAUACUGAGACUGGUAUGGAGCAGGGUAGAAAUAGAGAAUGCAUUUUCCUGGCUGUCCACUCUUGGUGGUGCCUAUUCAGCUCUUGGAGAUUACUUCGAAGAUUGUGCAGAAGAAGCAGGGAGGAUAUCCAUACGCCAAUACAAGCUCUCCCAAAUGCUUGGAGACGACGCUUUAGCGGCCAGAAGCAAGCUCUACUCCGCACUCUCCUACGCUCAGAAAGGCAAACUCAAGCUGUCAAGGCAUAUCGUGAGGAAUGUCCACGCAUUCGGCAGACUUACCCAUGAUAAGAGGUUGGUACGUAUGUGCCAAGGCGUUUGGGCGAAACUGAAGUAUCUAAGGGCAAUUAAGAAUAAUUCUGGGAAGGGUGGAGGUAACGGGAAAAUUGUGUAAUAAUUAGAGCUAAUACAGCAGUGUAUUCUAAAUGUGAAUUGUCAUAAUAAUUUUACUGUCCGUAACAGCAUUUGUGUGAAUUAAUGAAUAUGAAAAAAAUACAUCAUUAUUUAAAAUCAGCAUGUUCAAUAGCUACAUGCUGUAAUUCAAUAAGGAAAAUAUAUAUUUUUCCUGAAAGAUUUAGGUCCUUACAAUUAGGGCCGAAACAGAUGGGACUGCAAUGUGCAAUCUAUACAGAUUGCAAUUGGUUUGCAGUCCCAUCUGUUUCACCCCUAACAUGUCUAUUGAUUAAUUUGUUAACUGUGUAAUAAAUCUUUGUUAAGUUUUUAUUUACUUAUUUAUAAAGCAGUAUGCAAUACCUAUGAUGCAAUGUUAUAUUUGUAUUUUUGAUGUAUCAUCAUUAGCUCAAUGAUGACCAUUAUUGUUAAUAGCUCUAAUUUUCUGAAAUUAAAACAGGUAACAUAAAAAGUGGUCACAAUGAAUUUAUAUGCAUUUAACAUUAUUAACAUAAGAAAAUCACUUUGGGACCCUUUAUGUAGGAAAAAUUUGGUAAACUUAAAUAUCUGAAAUAACUCUCAAUCCUGAACUUUAUCGCAAGUGCAUUAAGAAUUUUAGUCUAAUAAUUAUCACAUAUAUCAGAUUGUGGAUGGUAAAAGGAAGUCUAGUCAUGUGGCGACAGGUAAAAUGCUAAAAGUUAAAACCUUGUUUACGAUGAUGUCUGAAUUAUCCUCAAUUUAUAUAACAUCUGUGUUCAUCUGUUAUUUUAUUGGUGCUGUAAAUAAAGUUAUUGAU